AGUUUCUUCUUGUAAAACCUCAUAACAAGAAAAUAUGAGCGCCACAGGGAGCCCUGCUCCUCCUUGCAGCAGAUCCUGGUCGAUAAGUGAGGAUUCGUUGAGGAGGUACGUGCAUUUUGCCAGUGAGAGCUGCAUACAAGAGCUGUUGUCGGCUUCGGCGUCGGAUUCCGACAGAGGAGUUGGAGGCGGCGGCGACGGGUGGAAGGUUCAGGGCGUUGAGAACGGCGUAGAGAUAUCGAAGCGGCGGUCGGGGUCCCUUCAUACCUUCCGCAGCCGGUGGCUCCUCCGAUCUCUCUCACCUCAGCAAUUCAUCACGGUCGCUAACGCCAUUGAUGCUGCUAAGCAAUGGGACUCAGAUCUGGUGGAAGCAAGAUACAUAAAAGACUUGGAAGACAAUCUAAGCAUAAUUCGUUUGAGAUUUGGAGAUAACUCAAAGCCUCUCUUUCGCAAUAGAGAAUUCAUUGUUUAUGAGCGUCGUGAAACCAUGGAAGAUGGCACCUUGGUAGUGGCAGUAGCAUCACUACCAAAGGAGAUAGCAGCAGGGUUGCAUCCAAAGCAAAGCAAUGCAAUUAGAGGAUUACUGUUGCAGUCAGGAUGGGUUGUGGAGAAGCUUGAAGAUGAUUCUUGUGUUGUCACUUAUGUUGUUCAGUUGGAUCCAGCAGGAUGGCUGCCCAAGUGCUUUGUGAAUCGACUCAACACAAAACUGGUUAUGAUCAUUGAAAACCUUAGGAAAUUAGCCCAAGCUUCUCCAACUCAUCAUGCCCAAAUAUGAUAAAUAUUUCUUUGUAUAAAGUUAAAUCAAUA